GCGCACAGUCGACGCUGAUUAAACUCAAGAGGUCCCCACGAAACCAUAAACUGCGAUGCACCAAAUCUUGACUUGCAAGAAAUUGGAUUACCAUGGAAAAAGCAGAGAUUAAAAUAAACAUGUUUUAAAACCGAAAAAAAUAAAAAUAAAGAGAGAAAAACAAAGAGGCUCCUUGACUCUGUUCUCUAUUUUUCUUCUCCGUCUCUCCCAAUCUCUGUACCGUCCUGUGCAUGACUUUGUUCUGUGGCCGUUCCUUCAGUCCAUGGCCAAAGCCCGGGCUCCCAGACGAACCCUAGACUCCUUCACCAUCAAAUCCCUCAACAAAACCAUCAGAGCCGGCGACUGCGUUCUCAUGAGGCCGUCCGACUCAGGGAAGCCGUCCUACGUCGCGAAGGUGGAGAGGAUCGAGUCUGACAGCAGAGGCGGCAACGUGAGGGUCCACGUCCGGUGGUACUAUCGGCCGGAGGAAUCAAUUGGCGGCCGCCGGCAGUUCCAUGGCUCCAAAGAGGUAUUCCUGUCCGAUCACUAUGAUAUGCAGAGUGCCGACACGAUCGAAGGCAAGUGUACGGUGCACACCUUCAAGAGUUAUACGAAGCUUGAUGCUGUUGGGAACGACGACUUCUUCUGCCGUUUUGAGUAUAAUUCGUCCACCGGAGCGUUCAAUCCAGAUAGAGUCGCCGUGUAUUGCAAGUGUGAGAUGCCUUACAACCCCGAUGACCUAAUGGUUCAGUGUGAAGGUUGCACUGAUUGGUUUCAUCCUAUUUGUAUAGACAUGACUCCAGAGGAAGCUAAAAGACUUGAUCAUUUUUUCUGUGAAACUUGCUCCUCUCAAGAUCAAAAGAAGUUACCAAGUUCUCACAAUGCUUCCAGGCAUUCAGAUACAAAGGUGGAUACAAAACGUCGUCGGAGGUGAUCUCGUUAGUACAUAAGAAUAACGAAACACAUCAGAAGAUUAAAAAAAAAAAAAAAAGAGGGUUUCUUUUUUUCAGUCUUGAGUAGGCUUUGAAGGAAGAAGCAUGGAAGCAAAAAUAUCAGCAGUUGUAUCUGUGAGCUGACCUGAACUGGUUAGGUUGGAGUGUGCCUUUUGGCUACCUGUAAUUAUGUAUUGUAGAUUCCUCUGUUCUUUCUUGUUUCUAAAUAUCAGUAACUAGGUUUCUCUGUGUAUUUUAUUAGAAACACUUUAAACUUCUAAAGAGCAAUAGAUAAAAAGGGACGCUUGAUGUAUCAA